AAGGUUUCCAAUAAAGUUGGAUGCUAAAAAAUGUGGCGUAUUUUGGGAAUACUGUGUCUGGUCAGUGCCAUCCAAGGGGCUAAUAUAUUGUAUAUGUGCCCCCUAAUUUCGCCGAGUCACCAUUUCUGGAACGAAGUCCUGGCCAACGGAUUAGCGCAAAGAGGUCACAACGUCACGAUCCUCUCCCACGACGAUAUUAGAUUGAAGCAUGAGAACUAUACUCUGGUUAAGUUCGAAGGGAUUUACGAGGCCCUCGAUGGGACGUUCGAUCUGGAAGAUUCCCCAAAGAUGAGCACGAUUGCAUCGAUGGAUAGACUGUUCGAAGGUGUCAUCGCGAUGUGCAGCAUGGAUUUAGAGACGGAGGGCUUUAAACAAAUAUGGAACUAUCCUAAAGAUUUCAAAUUCGAUUUGAUCAUCUGGGAUGCAAACGGAGGAGAAUGCAUGUAUCCUUUAAUCAAAAGGUUCGGCAAUCCUCCGGUUGUAGUUGUAUCGCCAUUUGGGUUGCAGCCGUCAAUAAGCGAUUUCAUGGGCCAUCAUGUGCACAGCUAUUCCCCAUUCAUGAUCUUCCCUUUCACAGAUAAAAUGACUUUCUGGCAAAGAAUGUUCAAUGUGGUCUACACGAAUUACGUGGUUUACUACAGGAAAUACUUUUUCUUGAAGAAACAACAGCAAAUCGCUAAGGAUAAAUUCGGAGUUGAUAUGGUUGAUGACUUCCAAGCCUUGGAGAAGAACCUUUCCUUAGCUUUAGUUAAUACCGAUCCUGUCUACAAUUACCCCGAAACCUAUCCUCCCAACAUCAUCCCUGUAGCGGGUAUCCAUAUACAACCACCCAAACCUUUGAACAAGGCUUUCUCCAAGAUAAUCAAUGAUAGUAAAAACGGAGUAAUUCUCUUCGCGCUUGGAUCCAACGUAAAAUCCGAAAGAAUCAAUCCUCAAAUCCUCGAAUUGUUCGGCAAAUGCUUCGAAACGUUACCAUACACAAUCCUGUGGAAGAUCAAGGGCGGUAAAGAUUUGAUACUGUCGAAGAACGUGAUCACCGAAUCCUGGAUACCGCAGAACGACGUCCUAGCUAAUCCGAAGACGAAAUUAUUCAUCACCCAUGGAGGCGCUCUCAGCACUCAGGAAUCAAUCUACAACGGCGUGCCGAUGUUGGUCUUCCCAUUUUUCUACGACCAAUUGAAUAUCGCAGCGAAGAUCGCUGAACGGAAAAUUGGAGAUAAAUUGGAUUACUUCAGCAUGACCCCGGAAUACGUUUGCGGGAAAAUUAAUAAUAUUCUCGGCGACGAGCGGUAUACGAGGAACGUUAAGGUCAUGUCGGAUAGGGCCAGGGAUCAACAGAACACGCCUUUGGAAAGGGGAAUAUUCUGGGUCGAGUACAUUCUGAGGCACGGAACUGCGGAGCACUUGAACCUGGUGAUCCGCAACGCCUCCGUGUUCGAAUCCCUCAAUUUGGAUAUCAUGUGCUUCUUUUUGGCCAUCAUCGUGGUUCCGCUGUUACUGAUUAAAUGCUACUGCUGUAAACGUUGCAAAAAAGACAAGAAAAUUAAAACCAAUUGAUUCCUCGAUUACUUUUG